AUGAAGGAGAUCACGAAACGCUUGGGUGCUGUCGGUGCUACUCGCCUUCCAGGAUGGGGACCGCGUGAUCCUCACUGUGCCUGGUUGGAGACACUACAAGAUAUGGCUGCCAACCGAUGUCAGUGGCGUCCUUGUUGUCAGUUUCUGUCCAGAUUGCCUGAGCUUUCCAAUAAGUCAUGGUUGUACGGCAGUGAAGCAUUGGUGCUGAGCACUGAUGUCAUGGUUGAUUUGAUGAUGAUGAUGACGAUGUGCCACCAGAAAAAAGCACUAGGGCUGGGACACUCCUCGUUCGUUCACUGUUGUACGUACGUACCGAAUCCAAUCCAUGUCGACAGGGAUGAGAUGGCUCAAGUGGUUAGAGCGCGAAUUUACUUAACGGAAGUUCCGUUGUUCGAACCCGACCUCUGCUUCUCGAAUUCCCCUGCUAGGUUUGGGGUAACCUGGAAGUACCCAGCCCUCCGGCCCUCGUGCUUCCUUCGGCAUCCCGUGAACAUUUAUCUUCUGAUGGGGAAUCAGAUCGCCGGUCUUACUCCACCACCGGUUAUUAGUGCGGAAGAAUGUCUUUCAGAUAUUUCCGGCCUUGUGCGUGUCGAGGAGGAGUUGUUUGGUUCUCGUCUGUUCAAGGUGGCCAAAGCCAGACGUGUGGACGAUGGAAGCUCGCAGUUGGUCGUAAUCAAGACGUUCCCCAGUACCCGAGCAACCCAACUUCUGUCAGAUUAUCGCCCUCUGAUCAAGGCAUAUUGUCGUCAAAUUACCUCCGGCUUCAAUCUUCUAUACUUCCAUGUCAGAGUAUCUCCGGCGGAGCGAAAUAUUCUUCUCUUCCGAGAUUACGUUGACCAAACCCUCGUUGAUCGACUGUCUACUCGUCCUUUCCUAUGUCUGGAGGAGAAGAAAUGGAUCGCAUUUCAGUUGCUUCAGGCUGUGGCGCAAUUACAUCGCGUUCCAGGACCCAGUUCAAUGAAUAAGCCGGAUGAACAAGAGGGGAAUCCAACUGAAGUAUUGUGCCAUGGUGAUAUCAAAGCCGAAAACGUUCUGCUUACUUCAUGGGGAUGGGUUCUACUCUCCGACCCGGCUCCUUUCAAGCCGUGCUGGCUGCCAGCCGAUAAUCCCAGCGAAUUCACGCAUUAUUUCGACUCCACUCGGCGACGAGUCUGCUAUCUGGCUCCGGAACGUUUUAUACAACUCCAACCCAAUCCUGGUUUGUUGGACCCGACUCAAAAAUGCGUUGAAUCUCUCACUAUGCUUCCAAACGGACAGGCUGUGAUUUUGGAUAGUGAUUCGAAUGAGGACGGACUGGAUGGUCGUGUCCAGAUUGGUGGUGCCCAACCUGGUAGUGGUGAGAGUGGCGAGAAACCCAGGAGUUCAGACGAAAACAGACAUAACACACCUUCGGAACCGUCGGGUUUAACGCCUGCAUUCGUCACACAGGGUACGCCAGAUAUGGUUUCGGAAUCCAUUGUGGAUAAAAUCGCUCUGCAAAUACCUGCGCGGACCACGCUAAAUGACCCAACCCCUAGGGUGAAUUUGGUUCCAGCCAUGGAUUUAUUCUCAGUUGGCUGCGUGUUCUUAGAGCUCUUUACCGACGGAUCUGUCGCAUUCACUUUGGCUGAUCUGUUAGGCUAUCGUGCGAACGAUACCAGCCGACUGUCUAAACUGCUUGAGCAAAUCCACUGUGAGGACAUCAAAAUUUUGAUUUCCAGUCUCCUAUCUCUCGAUCCUAAUGAACGUGGCUCAGCUGAAGGACAUUUGGAUAACCAGAGAGGAAAGGCGUUCCCAGAAGUGUUCUAUUCCCAUCUCCUUCCAUAUAUGCAGACUUUUCUUCGUGUGGGUCUCCGUAAUCCAACCGUGCGAAUAGUGUACAUCCGUCGCACGCUGUCGUCUUUGUUACAAGAAAUUGCUGAAUGUGAUGCCGACAGUUUGAGUACGUGUGCAGUCCUUCUGUGUAAUCUAGUCACCAGUGUUCUACGUCCUUCUGGUAACUGUUUCAUCACUCAAACUCCGAGCACCAUGGCAUUGCCAAUGUCCUCAGUCCAAAAGGAAGAUGCGAUCCCAGUUCACGACGUGAACAAGCAACGCCAAAUCUCAGGAGAUAUGGCAACCGGUUCGUUUGUCGAGCGUCGGCUAUUAGAAUACGGUAAGGUGAAUGCCUUACUCUGCUACCUGGAGCUGUCAAAAUACAUGAAUGUUUCUUUGUUUUUCGACCGCAUCAUACCGUACUGCGUGGAUCUCACGUCUCCAGUUCAUUCAGGCGAGGUUCGGAGCUUGGCGCUGGAGUGUCUCACUCAGAUACUGAGAAAAGCCACCGAAUACACAGCGAAUCAGUCCAAAACUCCCCAUUCAUUGGAAGUGUAUUUUUUAACCGAAUAUCUCUUUCCCACACUGGCGCCACUAAGUGUCGAUCCGAAAAUGGAAGUGCGCUUGACCUACUCACGCUGUCUUCCGGUGCUUGCUGAAAGUGCCUUACGUUUCCUGGAUUCGUCGAAUCUACUCUCCCGUCGUCGUGGCUCGAGUGGCAUGGACGUCAGCAAUGCGCCCCAGAAAUCUCCGUCCACCAAUCAGCUUGCCAUACUGGAAACGGCUAUGAACACCUAUGACGCCCAUCUGUCGCUACUGCGUGCACAUAUUCAGGAUAGAUUCGCUGAUCUCGAUCGCCAAAUCCGGCAUGCCCUGGUGAACACCGGCAGUUUCGGCUGGCUGGCCGCAUUCUUUGGUCCAGAGCACAUCAGCGGGACCUUACUAUCCCAUAUGAUAACGUUCCUGAACGAUAAGACCGACCAUGGACUUCGAACAUCAUUCUACCGGCAGAUUGUCCCUUUGGUCACCGGGAUCGGUGUCCAGUCAGUCAGUGUGGUUCGACCGCUCCUCGAACAGGGUUUGAUUGAUCCAAACGAAACGGUUGUGGAAGCCUGUCUACACUCGCUUACCCAGCUUCUUCGACGACAACUCCUCAGUCCUCCCGUGGCGGUCAGCUUUCUUACCCGAUGUUUGGCUCUGACCACCCACCCAACACGACGUAUCCGGCAGAGCGCAGUUGGUUAUAUAGCCACGUUUGCACGUCUCGCGACAACCAAUACAGAAGCCAACACUGGCGCCAACGGUACCAUAAGUGCUCGCCGUGUUGAAAAGCGUGGUAGGGCCUCUGAACGGGAACCGCUAAUGUGGACCAGAAUGUGCACACCAGCUAGUGUUUAUGCCCGGUUGGCGAACGCGGAAACCUCCAAGAUAUUUUUCCGUCGUUCUGUUCGGCGAUGUUUCACCAGUGACGCCGUCCUUCUUACCAGUCUCCAACCGUCCAUCAGCCGCACCAUUCUUGACUCGUUGGUAUCCUUUGUCACAAAUGCCAGUUCCACGUGUAAUUCGGGACCACAGAGAGCACAACACGUUCAUCAAUUGUUGGAUCGUUUUUUCAAAGUGCUCAAGGAGCGCGAAACCUCGAGGUCAAUCACACGCUCCAAUGAGACACCGUGCUACACUUCACCAGACGAUGAAGUGGUCGCUUCGCUUCUGGCCACAUUGCAAUGGCAGGGUCUAACCGACCUGAUGGAAUCGCAAAUCCUCUUGUUGGCACCACUUGUGAAAGUACUAUGCGAGGCUGGUAAUGAAUGUACUUGGGCCGCAGCCCCCGUUCGUGGUGGCCACAAACAACCACCGAAGGCCCCACCCAAGUGUCGCACUCGAGUUAUAGACACACAACAUAUCAUAUCUCGUUCUGUUCGGCGAUGUUUCACCAGUGACGCCGUCCUUCUUACCAGUCUCCAACCGUCCAUCAGCCGCACCAUUCUUGACUCGUUGGUAUCCUUUGUCACAAAUGCCAGUUCCACGUGUAAUUCGGGACCACAGAGAGCACAACACGUUCAUCAAUUGUUGGAUCGUUUUUUCAAAGUGCUCAAGGAGCGCGAAACCUCGAGGUCAAUCACACGCUCCAAUGAGACACCGUGCUACACUUCACCAGACGAUGAAGUGGUCGCUUCGCUUCUGGCCACAUUGCAAUGGCAGGGUCUAACCGACCUGAUGGAAUCGCAAAUCCUCUUGUUGGCACCACUUGUGAAAGUACUAUGCGAGGCUGGUAAUGAAUGUACUUGGGCCGCAGCCCCCGUUCGUGGUGGCCACAAACAACCACCGAAGGCCCCACCCAAGUGUCGCACUCGAGUUAUAGACACACAACAUAUCAUAUCGUCAGCCUUGUUGCCCUCAAAAACGCCCAAAGUUGUCUUUCCGGAAGAUCCACUUCGCAUGCCUGACUUCCCUUCAUAUUUGCGUCAGCUAGCAGUUUCUCUGCAACCACCCAUAAGCAACUACGAGCGUUUGUUACGGCGGGAUUUGUUCUCCGGUCGUAUCCCUCUGAGCGUUUGUCGUUCAACAGGUAAUGACCAAAGGUGGACCAGAUUGGUUUGGACUUCAGCAACUCCCAGUGGAGGUGGUGGUGGUAGCGGUGGCGGACAACCCGAAUCAACCGAUUUCAUGGACGGAUCAAUCACCCGCUUGGGGAAUCAUCUAAACCAUUCAACAAGUGUUCCUACGUCGAUGGACAAACGUUAUGGCGUAGAGAACACUGGUCGUUCUGACGUACAACUUCAGGGCAUGUUAGUCGCACAUCUGCAAGAGCACCGACCCGGUCUUAUCAGCCUAGCAGCACAUGGUUCUGGACGCUUGCUCGCCUCUUGUUCCAGUGGCGAUGGAACCGUCAAACUGUGGAAUUGUGGACUCUGGCCGGUCGAUUCCGACGGCUACUUAAACCAGCUAUCCUCUACUGGGGGACCAGUAAGGAACAUGGCAGAGAAUACAGCCAUCAGACAAACAGCUUCCAGACCAGCAGGUCUGAUGCAUAUUCAUGCACUACCCACUCGCUCGUCAUGGACGUAUAACUGUUUCGCUGAGGAACAGUCACCUAAAUCCUGUCGGGGACUCGUGUGGAUGACAAAUGGCUCGAGCCUGGUGACCGUAGCUGACUACCGCUCACUGCAUCGUAUCGACAUGGAAACAGGGUACCCAAAUGGCUUGGUAGAGCAGUUGUCCGCCUCGGAUCCAAGCCGCGUUGUCUGUUUGGCGUCUUCUGCAUGUUCCCAGUUUCCCGCCCACCUGAGUCUUCUCCAGCCGAGAAUAGUGGGUGGUGGUGACUCGAAUCUUGUAACCUAUGCUACAACCAGUAACCUUAUCAUAGGGAGGGAUUUGCGUGUUCCAUUCUCUAGUCCUCCAGCUUGGUGCCUCAAACAAGACCGAGGUUCGGGCCUUAUUAGAUCGCUGGUGAUGCACAGUUGUCACACGUGGUUGGUGACUGGUACCUCGCGGAACCAGCUAGUCAGCUGGGACUUACGAUACGAGCGGCCCGUCGCCUGUGUACAGCAUCAGCAUUCCAAUCCUCAGCGCCAGCAACAAGGCCACUCAGCCAUCCUGAAGCUCAAUUUAGCGGAGACUGUUACAUCUCAACUUAGACGUGGUUUCCACCUUGGUGAGGAUGUAGGUCGGAGACGAACUCUUAUUGUGGCCAGUUCAGAUCGGAAUAAUGGCGUCACGAUCUGGGACUUGGAGGCCUGUGCUUCUGCCUCAUCUGCCGCAGCUACCGAGAGGACUCUGAUGGCACCUCAAACACACAGGCCUGUUGUUAACGGUGGUCUCGUCGCAGCUUCCUGGGCCAGGCCAGCCACAACCCUGGAUUACUCUCCAGUGCGUUCAGUCCUGUGCCUCCCUCAGCCGAACUCACAAACAGCAAACCAAGGAUCCGGUUGGCCGACUAUCGUCUCCGGGGGUGACGACGGGCGAAUACGCCUUUGGAACUUCUCCAAGGCAUCCAACUCCAGAAUUUUCGCCCACUCUGCGGGAGAGGCUCCCAUUGGUAAUCGAAUCUCAUACAGCGAAGUGGUUGACCACGGUGUCAGAACAAUCCAAGAGAAAACUGAUGACAGUGGGAACCUAAUGGCGACCACAGAACGGCCGGAUUCUCGCCCUGCUAGGUUGUUGGAAGUUAGACGACCUACCAUGUCACGGAGUGACUUGGCAAAAUCGACAGCAGACUCUGCGGAAGCUGACAUUACCAGAUCGAAUGGGAGUGGAUUCCCUACAGAGGGUCGGCUGGAACAAUACAUGCCUUCAGUCGGGCACAGAAACAUUAUUUCCGACCUCAGUCUCAUCCGGACUUCACAUUACCUCCUUGUCUCUGCUUCUAUGGACGGUGUGAUCAAAAUAUGGCGAUAAACUUCACGAGACCACAUAUUCUUGCUCUGGUGAUAACCUCAUAAUUUCGAUGACUUUUU